AUGAGAGAAGGACAAAGACUUAAUUAAUCAUUUUCUUAUUGUCGAUCAAGUCCAGAUAAGAAAGGUUCAAGACAUAGCAAAAUAAUUUCAGAUGAUUAUCGAAAGUUUCUUGCUACUUAUUAAUAGUUGUCUAUGUUAGGUAGUUAAUAUAAAUAUUCACACAAUACUCUUAUGCCUUAUAUAAACUUUUAAAUAUAUGGCUAGAAGAUCUGAUGAAUUAAACUAAAAAUGGAAAUUGAAAAUGUGGAUUCCAGAUACAAUCAUAUUAAAUGAUGUUGAUUUAAGUGCAAUAUGGUUAUAUAGCAGUGUAGAUGGUUAUGUUUAUAGAAGUGAUUCAUUUACAUCUAGAAAUGCAGCAUAAAAAUUUAUCGAAGGUAGUAAUGAUCCAGAUGAAUUAAUUGCAGUUGUAAAGAAACCACAAUACAAAGAUAUGGAAUUGAUAGGAAAUGAUGCAAAACCAAUUUUAAUGAAGAAUAUAUAGAUAGUAUUUUCUAAUUGUAUGAGUGUGAAAUAAGAAGUCACUUGUUUAUAAAAAUAUAUAAAAUGUUAAGGUUCUAUGGCAUAUAUAUGUAGAACUAUUUGGAAAAAGAAUGGAUAAACUAUAGCUUGGGUUAUUACUAAUAAACUAACAUUUUAAGAUGAAGGUGAUUAUGCUUAAAGAUGUCUUGCAAGUGCAAGUAAAUUUAAAUAAACUAAUAUCAUUUAAUGUAAAGGUGGUUGUUUCAUUGAAGAAACUCUUCCUUAUAUAUAAAAUCUAUUACUUUAUUGUAGAUAGAGUAUGAAUGUUGAACUUGAUGAAUUAGGUUGUGAUUUUACAAAGGGAAUAGAUAAUAAAUGGUAUUUACUUAAUGUUCGAGGUUUCAAAUUAACUAAUCCUACACAAUAAAUUUUUACUAGACAUAUUACUCAUGAUGAAUAAAUACCUACAGAUUAUCAAAGAAAAUAAGUUUCACAUUAAUAUCAAUAAUAUAAUUUUACAAAAACCCUGGUUUGCAAAUUUUGUGAGCUUAUUUUUCCAGCUAAAGAAUUAACACAUUAAUUAACUUUAAAAAUGUUAAUUAAAUGUGAUUUACAUUUAUUAAGCAGAAAUAUUUAAUUAAAACAUUUAUAAAUUAAAAAUAGGAUUAAUUUUACUCAUUUAGACAGUGCUAUGUUAUUAGACAGUGCUAUGUUAUUUCAUAAAUAUUAUGUUUGUGAUAGUUGUUAUUAAUUAUUUAUGGCUUGCGACGAAUUAAUUUAAAUUGAAUUUAAAAGGGCUAAAAAUUUAGGAAUUGAUGUCUAUGAAAAAAACAACAUUAUUUCACUUACGUAACAAGAUUAUCGUGUUAAAGGACCAAAUGUCAUUCAAAGAUAAGCUAACACAAUUUAUGGGAAUGGAGAAUAUUAUAUUAAACCUUUAGAUUGGGAAAUGUUAAAUGAAGUAUAAAUUAAAUUAAAAUGCCUAACUUACAUUAAAUUAAUUAUGGAACCAUUUCAAAAAUAAAACGAUUUAAGAUAAUGA